AAUUUGUCGUGUCAUCUUGUUUUAAUCAAUCGGUUAUUUUGUUUUUCUGGUUGUUUCGAAAAAAAAUAAUUUAUCUUGAUUCAUCCCUCAACCAAUAUAUAUAAAAUUUAUAUUUCAUCAUUCAAACAAACAAACGACGACAACAACAACACAGAUCAUCAUCAAAAAAAAAAGAGUGAACCGAUUCAAAAUCAUUUACAAAUUUAUAAAACAUGGCCGAUCCAUUAAAUAUAGAUAGUAUUAUAUCUCGACUUCUUGAAGUUCGAGGUUGUCGCCCCGGUAAAGCAGUUCAAUUGGCUGAAACAGAAGUUCGAGCCCUAUGUCUUAAAUCACGUGAAAUAUUUCUUUCACAGCCAAUAUUAUUAGAAUUGGAAGCUCCAUUAAAAAUUUGUGGUGACAUUCAUGGUCAAUAUACAGAUUUGUUACGUUUGUUUGAAUAUGGUGGUUUUCCACCCGAAGCUAACUAUCUAUUUUUGGGUGAUUAUGUGGAUAGAGGAAAACAAUCAUUGGAGACAAUUUGUCUAUUAUUGGCCUAUAAGAUCAAGUAUCCAGAAAAUUUUUUCCUUCUUCGUGGCAAUCAUGAAUGUGCCAGCAUUAAUCGUAUAUAUGGCUUCUAUGAUGAAUGUAAACGAAGAUACAAUAUCAAACUGUGGAAGACCUUUACUGAUUGUUUCAACUGUCUUCCAAUUGCCGCCAUCAUCGACGAAAAAAUUUUCUGCUGUCAUGGAGGAUUAUCACCGGAUCUUCAUUCAAUGGAACAGAUUCGUCGUAUAAUGCGUCCUACCGAUGUACCGGACACUGGGCUUCUCUGUGAUCUAUUAUGGUCCGAUCCGGACAAAGAUGUCCAAGGAUGGGGUGAAAAUGAUCGUGGUGUCUCAUUCACAUUCGGAGCAGAUGUUGUUACAAAAUUUUUGCACAGGCAUGAUCUUGAUCUCAUUUGUCGUGCACAUCAAGUGGUCGAAGAUGGCUAUGAAUUUUUCGCUAAACGACAAUUGGUCACAUUAUUCUCUGCGCCGAAUUAUUGUGGUGAAUUUGAUAACGCUGGCGGUAUGAUGUCCGUUGAUGAAACAUUAAUGUGUUCCUUCCAAAUAUUGAAACCAUCAGAAAAGAAAGCCAAAUAUCAAUAUGGUGGACUAAAUUCUGGUCGUCCGUUGACACCGCCAAGAGCACCGGCUAUUAAGAAAAAAUAAUAAUAAUAAUUAGAAAAUUUAUCAUCAUUCUUAUAUUGGUUAUAAUUAAUAAUAAUAA